AUGAAAUCUUCGUACUUUGCUCUAGCACUGCCAUUGGCGCUUGUCGCCGCCGCACCGUUGCCCGCUUCGGCUACAGCGGAAGGAUUGGACCUUCCGGCAGCCUUACAAAACAUCCUAGCCAACACGCAAAACAGCGACGGAUACACCUACCCUACCGACCUCACCAGAGGAAUCAUUCCCAAAGCAAUCCACUCCCACAACGACUACUGGCGCGACAUCCCCUUCUACACGGCAUUGAGCGUAGGCGCCGUCUCCGUCGAAGCCGACGUCUGGCUCGUCAACAACACAUUAUACAUAGGCCACGAGCAAUCCGCACUAACAACAACCCGCACCUUCGACGGCCUGUACAUCCAGCCCAUCCUCGACACCCUGCAGCGUGAGAACCCAACCACAGCAUUCACAAGCGGCAGCACCACCAAGAACGGCGUCUACGACACCAACUCGGGCCAAACACUCUACCUUUUCGUCGACGUCAAGACCGACGGCGAAUCGACGUGGCCGGCCGUCGUGUCCGCACUCCAACCACUCCGCAGUGCAGGGUACUUGACGACGUGGAAUGGCACCGCUGUCACAGCAGGCCCCGUCACGGUCGUCGGCACGGGGAACACGCCGCUCGACCAGAUCCAACCACUACAAAAUAGAGACUACUUUUUCGAUGCGAAUCUCGCGCUGUUGAGCAGCACGCAAGCUAAUAUCACGAGCAGUGUGAGUCCAAUCGCGUCUACCCAAUUCAGUAAGUACUUCGGGACCAUCAACGGGACGACAUUCAACGACACCCAACUUGCGACGCUGUAUGAGCAGCUCUCCGUGGCGAAAGCGAAAGGUAUUGCGGGGCGGUACUGGGAUACUCCUGCCUGGCCUAUCUCCACGAGGAACGGUGUAUGGACCACGCUUGUCGAGGCUGGUGUUGGGUUGUUGAAUGCCGAUGAUUUGCCUGAGGCGGCUGGAUAUGGUGGGAUCAAUGGAUUUUGGUGA